AUGGAUCGGGGCCGACCGCGUCGCCCGUCGCCGCGCAGACCCCGCCGCCACCUUGCCGACACCGCACGGCGCCACCCCGCCAUCGUCGGCGCCCGCCUCAUCAACCCUCCGCCCCGUGUGGAUCCGGUCGGGUCACCCGACGCCCCGCUCCUCGCCGCUCGCCUACGCCGGAUCUCCUCCUUUACGUCGCCGUCGUCCCCGUCCUCCUCUCCAAAGGCUCCACCGAGCCUCGUCGGCCCUCGCCUCUCCAACGCCGCGCGCGCCCACGCGCUCCUGUGCGCCCGCGCGCGCGCGACCCGCGCCUACCAGCUGCAGCCACGGCGCCCGUCGCCCCCUGCUGCCUACACCCGCCGCCGUCUCUGCCCCGCGGCACCUGGCCACGUCCGCGCCCGGGUCGCCGUCGUCGUCCGGGGCCUCAUCCCACUCCCGCUGCGUCUGCCGUCCGCUGCGGCGGCCCUCUCCGCCAACCGCGCCACCCUGCUCCGGCCGUCCGAGCCAGGCCGUGCGCCCGCUCCUUCGCCCGCUGCCCCGCGGCGCCUUGUCGGGCUGGCGCUCGUCGCCCGAUCCACCCGGCGCCCACCCCGCCGCCACCUUGCCGACACCGCACGGCGCCACCCCGCCAUCGUCGGCGCCCGCCUCCUCAACCCUCCGCCCCGUGUGGAUCCGGUCGGGUCAGCCGACGGCCCCGACGCCCCGCUCCUCGCCGCUCGCCUACGCCGGACCUCCUCCUUUACGUCGCCGUCGUCCCCGUCCUCCUCCCCAAAGGCUCCACCGAGCCUCGCCGACCCUCGCCUCUCCAACGCCGGUGAGGCCACGGCCUCCCUCUCCUCUCCUCCCCCUCUCUGUUGCAUGUCACCGUGCCCGCACCCCGUUCGCCCCUGUUCGACCCAGCGCGCGCCCACGCGCUCCUGUGCGCCCCCCGCGCGCGCGACCCGCGCCUACCAGCCGCAGCCACGGUGCCCGUCGCCCCUGCUGCCUACACCCGCCGCCGUCUCUGCCCCGCGGUACCUGGCCACGUCCGCCCGGGUCACCGUCGUCGUCCGGGGCGUCAUCCCACUCUCGCUGCGUCUGCCGUCCGCUGCGGCGGCCCUCUCCGCCAACCGCGCCACCCUGCUCCAUUCGUCGGAGCCAGGCCGUGCGCCCGCUCCUUCGCCCGCUGCCCCGCGGCGCCUUGUCGGGCUGGCGCUCGUCGCCCGAUCCACCCGGCGCCCGUAA